AUGGAAAAAGAUCCCGAAAUCACCAAUGAUCACGCUGAAGGUGUUGUUACCGACGUUCUCGUCGCCGGUUUUAUCACAACUAAGGGUACUUUAAAUGGUUUUUUCUUGCUUAUGAUGUAUUACCCAGAAGUACAAAGAAAGAUUCAACAGGAGCUGGAUGAAAAGAUUGAAAGAGAUAGACAUCCUAGUUUAGAUGAUCGUCCGGAGUUACAUUAUACUAAUGCUGUAAUUUUGGAAGUAUUUCGAUAUAUCCGACACACGGUUAUAGGAGUACCUCAUUUGGCAUCAAAGGACCUCGAAUUUGAAGAAUACACAAUACCCGCUCAUUCCAUGAUAAUUCUAAACCAUUGGGUAAUGGCUAGAGAUGACUCUGUAUGGGAUGAUCCAUACUCUUUCAAACCAGAACGAUUUUUAGACGAAGAUGGUAAGCUGGUAUCCGUUGAUCAUCGUCUUAGACAACAGUUGAUCACUUUUGGCAUUGGAAUAAGAAGUUGUGUUGGAGAAUCUUUUGCUAGAACACGCAUAUUUUUGUAUGUGACGUCAUUAUUACAGAAAUUCACGUUUAGUCCCGGUGAUAACGUACUGCCUCCAGAAGAUUCUGCGAGGUGGAUGACAAAAGCAGUACUGUGUCCACAAUUCUUAAACUGUGUUGUGGAGAAAAGAAAAUAA